UUCUUCCGGUUAUUUAAAAAAUAUCUUUCUUCUAAUUUCUGUGUGAUCAGUUCCGUUACUCUUCUAAUGUGUCGUAAUUCUUCACUUCACUUCUAUAUACAAAAUCUUUCCUCUGUGUAAGUCCACAAGCCAAAAAUAUAAAUUCUUGCUAUUAAACUCAUCCAUUUAUUUUAUUCCAAAUAACUUUUAGAUUUUUACCAUAAUUUGUAUAGCUUUAAUAGAAUGUGUCAACGAUCACUCGUACAGCAGUCAAGCCAUGUUGAUAUGUGGUACUCUAACAGGUUAUCUGAUCAUCUGCACGGCUUUAACAAUUGGUGAACUUUUGGAUUCCAUACUUGAUAAACGUCUAAGUUGUCUUUUUAAUUUGGCCGGCUUUAUUUUAUUUAUAGCCACGGGUGCUGUUAUAAUUGCUAUAUGGUCUCCCGAAUAUUUAAGACAUAACGAUAGAAAUGCUAUUAUAGUGGCUGGUGCUGUGGCUAUAGUUAAUGGUUUUAUUUUCAUAAUAGAAAUGUUUGUGAUUUUAAGAAGUUAAAUGAAAUGGAAUUUUUGAAUGUUUUUGGAAGAAUAAAAAAAUCUUUUGAAAGAAAUAAAAAUUUUAGGAAUUUUAUGGUAGUUUUUAGAU